UUUUUUUUUUUUUCUUCCUCCUGCUGCUGCUGCUGCUCCAGCUUGGGCUUCUCCUCCGGGUCCCCGCCCAGCAACCCCUUCGCCCCGGGGCGGCGGAAAGAGAGAGAGAGAAGGAGGAGGAGAGACCCGCCGCCGGGGCACAACAUGGCGGAACCCUCCGCCCCGGAGAGCAAGCACAAGUCGUCCCUGAACUCCUCGUCGUCGUCCUCGUCUUCCUCCUCCCCUUGGGGCGGCCUCAUGGCUCUCGGCAACAGCCGGCACGGGCACCACGGAGCCGGGGCCCAGGGCUCCGCGAAGGCGGCGGGCGGCGCGGUGGCCGCGAAGCCGUCGCCCGCGGCUCUGUCGGGCGGCUUGUCGCAGCCGGCCGGCUGGCAGUCGUUGCUCUCCUUCACCAUCCUCUUCCUGGCCUGGCUGGCCGGCUUCAGCUCGCGCCUCUUCGCCGUCAUCCGCUUCGAGAGCAUCAUCCACGAGUUCGACCCGUGGUUUAACUAUAGAUCAACACAUCAUCUUGCAUCUCAUGGGUUCUAUGAAUUUUUAAAUUGGUUUGAUGAAAGAGCGUGGUACCCACUAGGAAGAAUAGUAGGUGGUACUGUUUAUCCAGGGUUGAUGAUAACAGCUGGCCUUAUCCAUUGGAUUUUAAAUACAUUGAACAUAACAGUUCAUAUAAGAGAUGUAUGUGUAUUUCUUGCACCAACUUUUAGCGGCCUUACAUCUAUAUCUACAUUCCUGCUAACCAGAGAACUCUGGAACCAGGGAGCAGGACUUCUGGCUGCCUGCUUCAUUGCUAUCGUACCAGGGUACAUCUCUCGGUCAGUGGCUGGAUCCUUUGAUAAUGAAGGCAUUGCAAUUUUUGCACUUCAGUUCACGUACUACUUGUGGGUAAAAUCUGUGAAAACUGGGUCAGUUUUCUGGACAAUGUGCUGCUGCUUAUCAUACUUCUACAUGGUGUCGGCGUGGGGCGGCUACGUGUUCAUCAUCAACCUCAUCCCGCUGCACGUGUUCGUGCUGCUGCUCAUGCAGAGAUACAGCAAGAGAGUCUACAUCGCAUAUAGCACUUUCUACAUUGUGGGUUUAAUAUUAUCCAUGCAGAUACCUUUUGUGGGAUUCCAACCAAUCAGAACAAGUGAACACAUGGCAGCUGCAGGUGUCUUUGCAUUGCUGCAAGCUUAUGCUUUCUUACAGUAUCUGAGAGACCGGCUGACAAAGCAGGAGUUCCAGACCCUGUUCUUCCUGGGCGUCUCGCUCGCAGCAGGUGCCGUGUUCCUGAGUGUCAUCUACCUGACUUACACAGGUUACAUUGCGCCGUGGAGUGGCAGGUUUUAUUCAUUAUGGGAUACUGGGUAUGCAAAAAUACACAUUCCCAUCAUCGCAUCAGUGUCUGAGCAUCAGCCCACAACUUGGGUGUCUUUCUUCUUUGAUCUGCAUAUUCUUGUGUGUACCUUCCCAGCAGGCCUGUGGUUCUGCAUCAAAAACAUCAACGAUGAAAGAGUGUUUGUCGCUCUGUACGCAAUCAGCGCUGUGUACUUCGCUGGCGUGAUGGUGCGGCUGAUGUUGACGCUGACUCCAGUUGUCUGCAUGCUGUCUGCGAUUGCCUUCUCAAAUGUCUUCGAGCACUACUUGGGGGAUGACAUGAAAAGGGAAAAUCCACCUGUGGAGGACAGCAGUGAUGAGGAUGACAAAAGGAAUCCAGGAAAUUUGUAUGAUAAGGCAGGGAAGGUGCGGAAGCACGUCGCGGAGCAGGAGAAGCCGGAGGAGGGCCUGGGGCCCAACGUCAGGAGCAUCGUGACCAUGCUCAUGCUCAUGCUGCUCAUGAUGUUCGCCGUGCACUGCACCUGGGUCACCAGCAACGCCUACUCCAGCCCCAGCGUGGUGCUCGCCUCCUACAGCCACGACGGUACAAGGAAUAUCUUAGAUGAUUUUAGAGAAGCAUACUUUUGGCUAAGACAAAAUACGGAUGAGCAUGCCCGAGUGAUGUCAUGGUGGGAUUAUGGCUAUCAGAUAGCCGGGAUGGCCAAUCGAACCACGUUGGUGGACAACAAUACCUGGAAUAACAGCCACAUAGCACUGGUGGGAAAAGCUAUGUCGUCUAAUGAAACAGCAGCUUAUAAAAUCAUGAGGACUCUAGACGUAGACUAUGUUCUGGUAAUUUUUGGAGGGGUUAUUGGCUAUUCUGGUGAUGAUAUCAACAAGUUUCUCUGGAUGGUGAGGAUAGCUGAAGGGGAGCAUCCAAAAGACAUCCGGGAAGGAGACUACUUCACCCAGCAGGGAGAAUUCCGUGUGGACAAAGCAGGAUCUCCCACACUGUUGAACUGCCUUAUGUACAAAAUGUCAUACUACAGAUUUGGGGAAAUGCAGCUAGAUUUUCGCACGCCCCCUGGUUUUGACCGAACGCGUAAUGCUGAGAUUGGAAAUAAGGACAUUAAGUUCAAGCACUUGGAGGAAGCCUUCACGUCAGAGCACUGGCUGGUCAGGAUAUAUAAAGUGAAAGCCCCUGACAACAGGGAGACGCUUGAUCACAAGCCUCGCGUCACCAACAUUUUCCCCAAGCAGAAGCAUUUGUCAAAGAAGACUACCAAAAGGAAGCGUGGCUACAUUAAAAAUAAGCUAGUUUUUAAGAAAGGCAAGAAAACAUCUAAGAAGACUGUUUAAACGCUGCUCCGGCUCCUGACCUGCGCGGGCGUCCUUGGGAGGGCCGGUCUUUGCCUUCAGCUCGUGUCGUGUUUCACCGCACCAGGGGGCAGAGCCGUCACUGGUCCAGGCGCAUGUACAAAAUUUUCUGGCGAUGCCUCAUUUAAAAAAUAAAUUGGCUUGUUGAGAACAGCUGUUUCAGUUUGUAGCGUGAAGCCAGACAGAGCUCUGCUGUGAGUGUACAGCAGCCGAUUCGUUAUUGGUACAUAUUACCCUUCAAAUCUGAAAAUUUGGACUGAUUGCACCAAAGAACCCUCUAAUUUGGUCCCUGGCACAUGCAUAUUUGUCAAUGUUUUUAUUCUUUUACAAGACCUGCAUUUUAUUUGAAUUACCCAAAUAGCAAUAUGUAAAAUAUAAAUGACAAAUGUGAUAAGAUUUUUCUCAAACCAGUAAACCAGUCCAGGUCUGAGAAAGGUAUUAGAAAAGUAAUUCUACUUCCGUGGACUCUAUUUAUUUUCAUGUUUCUCCAGUGCAAAGAAUGUUUCAUCAAAUGGACAUUUUCUAUUGCUUACUGUUGCUGUAGGAAGCUGCUGUUUGAAGGUGGACCUCUGAGCAGCUGCCUGACUCAAAUAGACAUUUAUGUUGACACAUCCUACUGCUCUUAGCAGUUGUUUUCACCAGGUACUUACAGAGCAGCUUUCAUACAUCUCUCAUUCAAGGGCUAAAUUCACAUCCUUUGGCAUCAUGGCGACCGCACCGAAUGUUGCUCCCCGGGACGGGCUCGGAGCCCGAGCACUGAGGCCUGCCCGCUGCUCACACGCACGCCAUUAAGGAGGAGGCUCUCAACACGGACAGGUGUCCAGAGCUUAUUUUCUCUGGCUCUCAGAAUGACAAAGGAUUGGUAAACUUUGCCUGGAUUUUCUCAUUUUAUUACAGUCUCAUUCAUCAUGGUGAUUUUUUGUUCUCUGCUCCAUAUUUUUUAAGACCUUUAGCAUUUGAUGAAACACUCUUUAGUGCUAUGGGCGUUUUCUUACUUUUAUUAAAAAUGUGACAGAUGUCAACAAAUGCACUAAAAUAUAAAUGGAGACUGAACAUGUUCAUUUUCCAGCUUAUAGGCAACUUUAUACAGACUUGAAAAUUUUCUCCAGUUGUUUAGUAAAAGUGAAAAGAGAAAGGGUUUUUCCUGCCACAGGAUAUAACUUUUUUUUAUAUAACAAGCAUAACACACCACUGCUUUGGGUGGGAAAGUACAGAAUAGUAUGUACCUUUUAUGAAGAAAAUGUCAUUUACAAUGUUCGGUGAGAAUGUUACUGCUGAUUUUCCUUUUCAAGGUGUAGAAUAUUCUUUGAUUUAUAGAAUUCAUUUUUGACCCAGAUGAUGGUUCUUUUACAGACCAAUAAAAUAGCUGAACAUUUUCACAAAGUGUAACUAAAUCUGGAUUUCUGAUACCUUGUCAUUUGGGGGAUUUUAUUUUACUUUGUUGCUUUACAAUUCAAUGCAGAGAAGUUGUUGACUAUAGGGGAAAUAAAAUUAAUUCAAAUUUUG